AUGACUAAUGUUUCUGUUGUAAGAAUUUUCACUCUCUCAGGGAUAGAUGAGACACUGAAUUACAGAAUCUCUAUUUUUUCACUCGCUUUACUGUAUUAUUGUGUGGUUUUGUUUUUAAAUAUCUCUGUCAUCAUGAUCAUAAUCUUAGAUGAAAACAUGCAUGAACCUAUGUACAUCUUAUUGUGCAGUUUUUGCAUGAAUGGACUUUAUGGAACCACAGGUUUCUACCCCAAAUUCCUCUUAGAUCUGCUGUCCUCUUCUCAAGAAAUCUCAUAUGAAGGAUGCUUUAUACAGGCUUUUAUCAUACACUCAUUUCUUUGCUGUGAUUUGUCAAUUUUAGCAGUUAUGGCUUAUGACAGAUAUCUGGCUAUAUGUCGACCACUGCACUACCACUCUUUCAUGACAAAGUGGAGGUUGUCUCUGCUGGUAUGUUUCUCCUGGAUGACACCUUUUUGCAUUUCCUCCAUAAAUAUUGUGCUCACUUCAAGACUAAAGUUAUGUAGUACAAAUAUUCACAGACUGUUUUGUGUCAACUGGAUGAUUGUUAAACUUGCUUGCCCUGAAAAUGACACUUUCUCAAACAGUGUAACUGCGUAUAUUACAAUUUUUCUGUAUGUGUCUCAUGGCCUUUUCAUAUUUUGGACUUAUAUGCAUCUUAUUAGAACUUGUGUGAGGUCCAAAGAUGACAGGGUGAAGUUUAUGCAGACAUGUGUGCCUCAUUUUACCUCUCUAGUCAUUUUCUUGGUUGUAGUACUUUUUGAUGUGAUGCAUAUGCGAUUUGGCUCCACAGAUUUACCUCAAAGCUUUCAAAACUUCAUCACUAUAGAAUUUCUGCUAAUUCCCCCUGUUAUUAAUCCUCUAAUAUAUGGAUUCAAACUGACAAAAAUACGAAACAGAAUUCUUGGUUUAGUUUACACUGAAAAUUUACUUUGA